AUACGAGAAAAGAAAGAAUAAAACAUUGCAAACGGACGGAUGAAGAUGCAGACAUGAAUAAGAAAACAAACAUCCUUAACUAUAAAAUAAUACCAGUACUAUAAAAAUAACAAGUUGCAUUAUAGGCUUUUGGUUGGUUCUUCCGUCAACGUUUUGUAUUCCUUCCAUUCCCCUAAACUCAUCACUCUGAUAGUGAUUUUGACUCUCAUAUCCUCCGAUGGCCUUCCACGAUCAAAAUCACAAAAACGGCAACCUUUCAAAGAAACCAAAGCUCUGUAUCUCUCCGAUCACCGACGCUGAGAUUCAAUCAGAAUUCUCCCACCAUGACCCCAACAUAGCACGCCUCAACAACGGAGCCUUCGGUUGCUGUCCAUCCUCCGUCCUCGCAGCUCAACAUGAAUUGCAGCUCAAAUUCCUCCGUCAACCCGAUCACUUCUAUUUCAACUACCUCAAAAAAGGAAUCCUCCAUUCCCGAACCAUCAUCAAAGAACUCGUCAACGCCCAACACCUAGAUGAAAUCUCCAUUGUGGAUAAUGCCUCCACUGCCACCACAAUUGUUCUUCAGCAAGCAUCAUGGGCUUUCCAUGAAGGAAAGUUCAAUAAAGGAGAUGCUGUCGUCAUGCUUCACUAUGCUUACGGCUCCGUCAAGAAAGCUAUUGAAGCGUACGUCACACGUGCUGGUGGUAGAGUCAUCGAGGUUCCACUCGCUUUUCCCGUUAACUCCGAAGACGACAUCAUAAGAGAGUUCCGUCACGCGUUGGAAAAAGCAAAGAGCGAAGGUAGCAAUACUAAAGUUAGAUUGGCAGUUAUCGAUCACGUGACUUCUAUGCCGAGCAUGGUGAUUCCGGUGAAAGAGUUAGUUAAGAUUUGUAGAGAGGAAGGUGUUGAGCAAGUUUUCGUUGACGCGGCUCACGCGAUUGGGUGCACACCGCGCGUUGAUAUGCAAGAGAUUGGAGCUGAUUUUUACGCAAGCAAUAUGCAUAAGUGGUUUUUUUGUCCACCUUCGGUAGCAUUUAUCUACGCGCGUAAAUCAGUUAAUUCAGUUGAUUUGCAUCACCCUAUCGUGUCACACCAGUACAGGAAUGGAUUAGCUAUUGAAAGUUCAUGGAUUGGAAAUAGAGACUAUAGUUCUCAGUUAGUUGUUCCUGCUGUUAUGGAAUUUGUGAAUAGAUUUGAAGGUGGAAUUGAAGGAAUUAAAAAGAGGAACCAUGAUUGUGUUGUUGAGAUGGGUGAGAUGUUGGUGGAAGCUUGGGGGACACAUCUUGGAACACCUCAUCAUAUGAGUGCAAGUAUGGUUAUGGUUGGUUUGCCACCUUCUUUGAGGAUUAUGAAUGAUUGUGAUGCUAUUAAUCUUAGGACACAUUUGAGGGAGUUUUUUGGGGUUGAAGUACCUAUUUAUUUUAGAGAUGGAGGGGAAGUUGGAUGUGUAAGUGGAUAUGCUAGAAUUUCUUAUCAAGUGUAUAAUAAAGUUGAUGAUUAUUACAAGUUUAGGGAUGCAAUUAACAAACUUGUAAGUGAUGGAUUCACUUGUGCUCUUCUUUCCACUUCAACUAAUGGUAGUUUGCUUUACUAGCAAUUACCAUGUUCUUAGAAAAUACAACAAUUUUAAUGUAUUUGGCAAAUACUGAGUUUUAGUUGAAUAAAACACUGCUUUUGUGAUUGUCUCACACUAUGUGGUGCUCAGUUUGUUGAGAUUUUAAUUAUCAAAUACGAGUAUUUUGCAGUAA